UGUGGUAACCAUGCGGCGUGUAGAGAUCCCACUGCUCGCGCUCGUCUUCUCCGUGGGAGGUGCAUCCCCCUACUCCCGCCGGCCCUGGGCCAGCUCCCUUUCUGGCCCGGACGCCGGGCCUCUUACCGCAAGCGGCGCGUCCCGAGUUCAUUUGCAUAGGGACGCGCGCGGCGCCGGCAGGAGGGAGGGCGGGCGCGGCCGGGGAGGCGGCGCGCGCGCGCCCUGACAGCUCGGCCCUGCUCGCUCACUCGCUCGUCCCCGGCUUCCGAGCACAGCAUGGCGGUCAAGGUGCAGACAACUAAGCGAGGGGAUCCUCAUGAGUUAAGAAACAUAUUUCUACAGUAUGCCAGUACUGAGGUUGAUGGAGAACAUUACAUGACCCCAGAAGACUUUGUUCAGCGCUAUCUUGGACUGUAUAAUGAUCCAAAUAGUAACCCAAAGAUUGUGCAGCUCUUGGCAGGAGUAGCCGAUCAAACCAAGGAUGGGUUGAUCUCCUAUCAAGAGUUUUUGGCAUUUGAAUCUGUUUUAUGUGCUCCAGAUUCCAUAUUCAUAGUGGCUUUCCAGUUGUUUGACAAGAGUGGAAAUGGAGAGGUGACAUUUGAAAAUGUCAAAGAAAUUUUUGGACAGACUAUUAUUCAUCAUCAUAUCCCUUUUAACUGGGACUGUGAAUUUAUCCGACUGCAUUUUGGGCAUAACCGGAAGAAGCAUCUUAACUACACAGAAUUCACUCAGUUUCUCCAGGAGCUGCAAUUGGAACAUGCAAGACAAGCCUUUGCACUGAAAGACAAAAGCAAAAGUGGCGUGAUUUCUGGACUGGAUUUCAGUGACAUCAUGGUUACCAUUAGAUCUCACAUGCUUACUCCUUUUGUGGAGGAGAACUUAGUUUCAGCAGCUGGAGGAAGUAUCUCACACCAGGUUAGCUUCUCCUACUUCAAUGCAUUUAACUCCUUACUGAAUAACAUGGAGCUUGUUCGUAAGAUAUAUAGCACUCUAGCUGGCACAAGGAAAGAUGUUGAAGUCACAAAGGAGGAAUUUUCCCAGAGUGCCAUACGCUAUGGACAAGUCACACCACUAGAAAUUGAUAUUCUAUAUCAGCUUGCAGACUUAUAUAAUGCUUCAGGGCGUUUGACUUUGGCAGAUAUUGAGAGAAUAGCCCCAUUGGCUGAAGGGGCCUUACCUUACAACCUGGCAGAACUUCAGAGACAGCAUUCUCCUGGGUUAGGCAGGCCUAUCUGGCUCCAGAUUGCCGAGUCUGCUUACAGAUUCACUCUGGGCUCAGUUGCUGGAGCUGUGGGAGCCACUGCAGUGUAUCCUAUAGAUCUGGUGAAGACCCGAAUGCAAAACCAGCGUGGCACUGGCUCUGUUGUUGGGGAGCUGAUGUACAAAAACAGCUUUGAUUGUUUUAAGAAAGUCUUGCGUUAUGAGGGCUUCUUCGGUCUCUACCGGGGUCUGAUACCACAACUUAUAGGGGUUGCUCCAGAAAAGGCCAUUAAACUGACUGUUAAUGAUUUUGUUCGGGACAAAUUUACCAGAAGAGAUGGCUCUGUUCCACUUCCAGCAGAAAUCCUUGCUGGAGGCUGUGCUGGAGGCUCUCAGGUCAUUUUUACCAACCCAUUGGAGAUAGUGAAGAUUCGUCUGCAAGUAGCUGGAGAGAUCACCACGGGACCUAGAGUCAGCGCCCUGAAUGUGCUCCGGGACUUGGGAAUUUUUGGUCUGUAUAAGGGUGCCAAAGCGUGUUUCCUCCGAGACAUUCCCUUCUCUGCAAUCUAUUUUCCUGUUUAUGCUCAUUGCAAACUGCUUCUGGCUGAUGAAAACGGACACGUGGGAGGUUUAAAUCUUCUUGCAGCUGGAGCCAUGGCAGGUGUGCCAGCUGCAUCUCUGGUGACCCCUGCUGAUGUCAUCAAGACAAGACUGCAAGUGGCUGCCCGUGCUGGCCAGACGACAUACAGUGGUGUCAUCGACUGUUUCAGGAAGAUUCUCCGGGAAGAAGGGCCCUCAGCAUUUUGGAAAGGAACUGCAGCUCGAGUGUUUCGAUCCUCUCCCCAGUUUGGUGUUACCUUGGUCACCUAUGAACUUCUCCAGCGGUGGUUUUACAUUGAUUUUGGAGGCCUCAAACCCUCUGGUUCAGAACCAACACCUAAGUCACGCAUUGCAGACCUUCCUCCUGCCAACCCUGAUCACAUCGGUGGAUACAGACUUGCCACUGCUACGUUUGCAGGCAUCGAAAACAAAUUUGGCCUUUAUCUCCCCAAAUUUAAGUCUCCUGGUGUUGCUGUGGUUCAGCCAAAGGCAGUAGUGGCAGCAUCUCAGUGAUGAGACAACUAUUGAGUGUGGCAAAAUGGCAUCUUGAAGAAAGCAGCCCUGUAAUGUAUCCAGUCAGCUGCAUGGUGCUGACUGAGCUGAGGAGUCAAACUAUUCUUUCUAUAUGACAUAUACAUAUACUUGUUUAUAAAAUAAUCAUUUGCCCAGGGUAAAAACCACAAUGCUGUUUCAAGCUUUAGUCUUAUGUGUUGAAAUGUUUUUCUAAGCCUUGGCAUGAAUUAGUGUUCUAGACUCUGCUUUGCACAGCUCGCACUUACAGUGAUUGUACAUAUUGUACAUCUUUGUACAGAGAUAUCUUGGCUCCUCAUCCCAACAAAUCACAUUUGUAGAAAUGUAAUGCAGUUCUGAGUGGCUUGAAAUGUACAGAAUGUUUUGAAAGUGUUUUAUUAAGAAUCACACAAAAAUAAAUGUAUUAAAAUUAAAUUCAUUCUCUUAUUGGUGACUUACGGAAAUAAAGCAUCAAUAUUGGAUGUAUUUAAUUCCUAGUUUGUUUUCCAUUCUGGAAUAAAAAGGUAUUUGCUGAUAAAAGGCAUAAUGAGACAUAGUGCUGAUACCACUGAAUAAGUGAUACGUUGGAAAGAUGCAUGCCAGUAGAUGCCAGAGGACCAGGCUGAUGACUUGUGUGUGCUGAUGUGUUUCCAUUUGUAUUUAAUGUGUGUGUAGACCCUCCUCUGUUCAUCAAUCAAAAAGCAUUUCCUAGGCAGCUCCUCUCCUGUCAGUGUGCAUACAGAAAUAGAGACAUCUCCAUCAUUACUGGCUUAGUUUUGCUUUCCUUUGACACAGCAAGGCAAAGGCCAAGCUUUUGAAAGAGUAAAGGAUACUUUCACAAUUUCCCUUCAUAUGGAUAUGAUUCCAGUGAAAAAUAAAAUGCACACCAAAAUGUA